AUGAUGCGCACUUCAAGAACUCCUUCCCAAUCAUCUGGUACUUCUCAACCGUCGUCUGGUCGCGACUCGACUCUGUCUCCAACCUCAAGCCAAGGGGAUCUCAUCCCAUCGUUGAUGUCUUUGACCAUCCAUCCACCACACAGCGUCAAGCCAAAUUACAAAAUGAUCAUCGGAACAUCCGACCGCCAAAUCUGCCCUCUCAAUGGAAUGCCGUUGGUCACAAUCAGAUACAACACUGAGGAGCUUCUCUUCGGAUACAACAAAAAUAAGGGAAAGCUCAGUUCCCACACUUGUGAUGUCUGCGGACCAUUGAGCAAAGAAUCCAAUCUCCAACCAGUCUACUCUGUGUUCCACGAUCAGCGUUACGUAAUCUUCGCCAGAAACCAAAAAGCUGGUACUGUGGACCAAUAUGUGUUCAAUUCGGAGACUAGAGGAUUGGAGCAAGUCAAAAUCGAUGAGCUCGUUUACCAAGAGGGCAUCUGCUAUCCAUUCAUGGCAAUUGGAUCCGAGAAAGAGUCCAUUCAAUGGGAAGGAAAACAGUGGAAGAAGCAGCAGUUGACUGCCAACGGAUGGGUCAAAAUCGAGCCAAAGCCAGUGAUCACUUUGAAGACUUUGGAAACCGCUGACCACUCUUCGGAUAUGCUCGCUGAGCCAAUGCGCACAAUCUUCUGCCAACAUUUCCAGAGAAACAUUCUCAUCGUCGGAUCUCGCGUCUUCAGAUUCAAUGAGAACGAGCAAAGAUUCGAUAAGGUCCACCAUUCGGCAUGCAGGAACAACUCUCAGAUUUCAUCAGAUUAUUCAAUCGAAGCCAUUCCUGGUCCUCUACUCUCUUCUCUCAAUCAACAUCAUCAAUUAAUCAUCGCCGAAGUUGCCUCGUCAUCCGGAAUCUCAUAA